AUAGCACGUUAACUCGUGGUACAGAAAUUCGUCGUCGUUUUACCAGUGACCUCGCUAACUGGUUCGCUCUGGCACCAUAAGUAACGUUUUAAUUACGUCUUCUCACGCAAUUUUACACGCAUUAUCGAGAAAAUGGCUGUAAAUGCUGCCAAGGCGGUUUUAAAACAGGGAAAAAGUGUUUUAAUGAUAUGCGACGUUCAAGAACGAUUCGUUAAGGCUAUGUACGAAUUCGAUAAAAUUGCUCAGAAUUCAGUGAAACUGAUAAAUGCAUUGAAACUCUUGGAUGUGCCCAUGAUCGUUACGGAACAGCAUCCCAAGGGACUGGGGAAAACAAUUUCUCAAUUUGAUAUUUCUGGUGCUAAGGGACCAUUUCCAAAGACACAAUUUAGUAUGUGUAUCCCAGAAGUAAACAAAGAACUCUCUUCAAUUUGUUCCGGUCAGAAACCAGAUUCAAUUAUACUUAUAGGCCUUGAGGCUCAUGUUUGUGUAGAGAAUACUGCAAUUGAUUUAAGACAAAGUGGAUACGAAGUACAUACAGUGGCAGACUGUUGUACUUCACGUACACAAGAAGAUAGAUUAUUGGCCUUUGAGAGGAUGAGAGGAAUAGGAUGUCAUAUAUCUACAUCGGAGAAUGUUAUUUUUAAGCUGUUGGCAAAUGCAAAUCAUAAGGAAUUUAAGAAUGUACAGAGUUUGGUGAAAACUACAUCACAACCGACAAAUCUUGUUCCAGUUGCAAAAAUAUAAAUCACAAAAACCAUUUGUAGCGUAUCUAGUUUUUGAAUUAGUAAGGAUAUUUUUAUAAAAAGGUUUACAAAAAUCGUAGCAUUUUUAUUUAGGCAUUAAUAAUUAGUAGGAACAUUUACAAAAAUAAUGAUAAAUAC